GCUGUCCAUCGGCGUGUCAAGGGCAAAAUCAUAAAGAGGGAGUCUAGCGAAGCAAGAGUCAAGCACCGCGGGUAAUGAUACAGUACAAUUAACAUGAUGGCGCCGCCUUCUGCUUACCACUUUACAUGACAAAGAUGUAAGCAGCGUUUCUGAACGACAGGCCGGAGACAGGGUACUGUGUGUCAGCGUGCCUUCAGCUGCACUUGAAGACCACCGUGUUUUGAACUCUUCCAUCGGCCGUUAUUAAAGGGACAGCACCAGCCCACUCGAGGAACUCAUCAUGGCGGACACCAGCUUCAACAACCUCACAUCCCUCGCCCGGGCUUUAUCGCAGCCGACACUAAAUCUGGUAGAAGUGAAUGAUGUCGCUCCUCCGAGAAAUGCGCAGCUGCAUCCGUGCAGAAGGAGGAAGUUAUCGAGCUGUAACUCGGUUGAGAGCAUUGAGCCGGUGUCUUCACCGUCUGCCGCCGAGGCGCGAGUGCUGGUUAUCAACACCGGAGGGACCAUCGGGAUGACGCUUCAUGACAACGUGCUUGCACCAAAAGCCAAUUCUUUUGUGCAAGGCUUGCGCAAGUUGCCCAUCCUCCACGAUGAGUUGUAUGCCCAGCAAACCUGCCUAUAUGAGUACUAUGGAUCUGAGAACAGCCUUGUUCUGCCGAAGCCAACGCCCCAUUCUGCCCAUCUAUUUCACGGGUGCUUAAUAGACAAUAAGAGGAUUGUCUACAAUGUGUUGGAGUACAGCCCUUUGCUGGACUUCUUUCAAUAAUGACCCACAGAUGACUGGGCGAUUGGAAAGGAUAUUGAGAAAAACUAUGAAAACUAUGAUGGCUUUGUGAUCCUCCAUGGCACAGACACCAUGGCGUACACAGCCUCUGCCCUGUCCUUCAUGUGCGAACAUUUGGGCAAACCAAUCAUUCUCACUGGAUCACAGGUGCCGAUUUAUGAGAUGAGGAAUGACGGCAGAGACAACCUGCUGGGGGCGCUGCUGAUUGCUGGCCAGUUUGUCAUUCCUGAGGUGUGCCUGUAUUUCUACAACAAACUCUACAGAGGGAAUCGUGUGACCAAGGUGGAUACUGGCAGUUUUAAUGCCUUCGCCUCUCCAAAUUUGCCUCCUCUGGCCACUGCUGAAGUGGACAUUACAAUCAACUGGGACACAGUGUGGAGGGCAAACACCACAGCGAAGUUUCAAGUCAGAACAGAGCUGAACAGGAACGUGGGUCUGCUCAGGCUGUUCCCAGGAAUCACUGCUGCUACUGUGAGGGCCUUUCUGCAGCCACCCAUGGAGGGUGUAGUCCUUGAGACCUAUGGCAGCGGAAAUGCCCCGGACAACCGUUCUGACCUGUUGGAGGAGCUGAAGAAGGCCACCGACUCUGGCGUCAUCAUCAUCAACUGCACCCAGUGUCUGAGGGGGACAGUGUCUGCAUCUUACGCCACUGGCAAGGUGUUGAUGGAUGCAGGGCUCAUAGCUGGUGCUGACAUGACUCCAGAGGCUGCCCUGUCAAAGCUGUCCUACAUAUUGGCCAAGAAAGACAUUGGUCUCGAUGCCAAGAAAAAGAUGAUGGCUCAGAACCUCCGAGGUGAGAUGAGCGCAGACUUGGCAGGAGCCAAGCUGUGUCUGAGCGACAGCCGUUUUAUCCAAGUCAUCGCCAAGUCUCUGAGCAUCAGUUGCAAGGAGGAACUGGAAGCCAUCCGUGAUGCCCUGACCCCCCCACUGGCAUGUGCAGCUGCUAAAAUCGGAGACAUAGAGGCCGUCGACGCCAUAAAGGAAAUGGGUGGUAACUUGUCUCUGGGUGACUAUGAUGGACGGACGCCCCUACACGUCGCCGCCUGUGAGGGCCACCUCAAACUGGUGCAGUACCUGCUGAGUAAUGGAGCUACAGUCUAUGCUAAAGAUCGCUAUGGGGACACACCCCUAUACAACACUGUACGCUUCAGGCACAAGGAGGUUGUGAAGCUGCUGAGAAAGACCGGAGCCCAUUUCUCCAGAGACGAGUUGGAGGAAGCAGGAACAGAGCUGUGCAGCCUGGCAGUCAGCGGUGACCUGGAGGGCCUGGAAAUCUGGAGCCUUGCUGGAGCUGAUCUGAAUAAACCAGGCUAUGAUGGACAGACGGCCAUUCGAGUGGCCCAAGCUGUUGGCAAAAAGGAAGUGGUGGCAUAUUUAGUCCAACUCAUGAGCAAAAAAGCCAAGACAGUAUUUGGUGAAUUUAAUGAGUUUGAUGAAUAUGAUGAUGAUGAUGAUGAUGAUGAUGAUGAGAGCGGAGUAAUCGAGUUCACAGCCCCCCCGACAGGACUGUGAGCUGACGUUACCACAACCAACAGGAAACUGUCGUCUGUUUGCAUCCAGUUCCUCCCAAGCCGUCCUCCGCACGCAGUCAACCGUCCUGCUGAAUGUGACAGAGCUGCUCUCACUUUGAAUGCUCAGAUUUGCAGACUUUUAAAAACAGUUACUGCUUCCAAUGUUUCCCUCCAACACAUUUAUAGCACAACGUAAGCACUGCUCAGAGUGCACGCUGGCCAAAAAAAGCAACACUAGAUGUAUGUAUGUGUUUGAUGGUUGCACAUUGGUAUAUGUAUAAGGAAACAUAUUAUCAUCUUGAAUGCGAAUGUCCAGUCAGGGAUUAAGGGUGAAAUUCACCUGAGCUAUAUUUAACAUGAAGAGUACUCCUUUAUCAAUGAAGGAGUGCGCUUAAAUCAUUUUUAUAUGUACUAUAAGUGACAGAACUCUGACGACUUUAACGUUACUUGAUAAAGUAACGUGUCUUGCUAUAGCAAUAUAUGCAUCUAAACCUACAGGGUACACUCAGAUUUUAUUUUUAUGCUUAUUUUUACAGUAAGAUGCUGGAAAGUGUCAUGAAAACUAAUGAAAAUAAUCUUUUUAUUAUCUUAAAUAUUAUUCAACUGUAGCACACGUUCACCUCCCCCCGAAGCAGAGAUCUUCACUUCCUGUUUUGCUGAAACUACAAAAACCUGUAGUUAUCUCUCAGACUCAUCCAGCCUGUUUCAGGCGGCAAGCCGGAAGAGUCGCAUAUCUUACUUUGAAAUGGAAAAGAGAAAUUCAGACUAUUGCGUGAGGCCUGAUGAAGACCGCCCGCAGUUUCUGCGUCGUCUUAUUUUAAACAUCGUCUUAUAUUCUUUGUGAUCACAAUCAAGUGACGCACUGUUCUUUUCCUUAUCUUUGUUGUGCAACAAGUAAACUGUUAAAUCUCGUCUGGUAUAAUUUUAAAACCAAUCUAGGUCUUUUUUCUUUUUUUUUCAUUAACAUCUGUAAGGGAAUCUUCUUUGAUUAAUGUGACUUUAAAGUGCAACAAAUUUAAAAAGACUUGACAUUUUGAAUGCUGUAUUCAAUGUUGUCCCACUGCUGUUUUAAAGGCUGUAAUGUGUGUGAAAGUCAUUUAUUUGUCUUUUUAUUUCUGUACGAAAAAAGCAACAG